GAGGUAGUAUCACGGUCAACGGCGGCCAAGUUUAAUAGCUGACACUGCUUCGGAGGGAAACGAAUCCUCGACCGUUGUCCUCCACAACUAUGAGCAAACGAUUAAGCAUCAAGCCGGCCUGGGCGCACUACACUAAUACGGGACCCGCUGACAGAACCUAAAUCCGUGGCCUAGGGUUGCCGGGCCGGAUCCAGGGACGUGAUGUUAUGAGAACUGGGUAAGAUGUCCCUCGUCUCUGUGAAGGAAUCGCCACUCUCGAAUUGUUCUGCCCACUGCAGACUUCAAAUAGGGCAUAUGCUCGUUAUGUAUGUCUGCAACGCAUAGACUGGCCACGCGAAUGGCACAAUAAUCCUUACAGCGCGAGAGCUCGGGGACCUAUCAGUUGAUUGCCGUUAGCCGCCGACUGCAACAACGGCCCCGCACGCGCGCAGCGUCAAGGUGAGCUCUGUGAGUCGAAUGGUAUCUUGCACGGCUAGACUCAUGUCUUCUUGACCUGGCUUCUAUCGCGAUAUCGAGACACCCUGUGUCUUGUUCUUCUCAUGCCUCACAUAUGUCAUUGUCCAAGUGACAUGUAAGUAAUGCUGCGUCCCAGCCCUAUCCAAAGAUGGGUCUCGGCACAAGCGUCUCAUCCCUCCUCGAGACGUACGACAACUGCAUAUCGCUCCUAAAGGCUUUCAAAAGGCGGGACAAGCAAGAUGGCAGCAGCCGCAAAGGCACAAAGUCGAGCGACCAACAGGCGCUUCUGAAGCGCUCGCUGAAGACGGACCGCAAGAAGGUCGAGCGCGCCUACUCGUCUCGGGUAUCUGCGUCGGGGGACCGCUUCGAGAAGGGCGACACCAAGGCGCUCUCGUCCCUGGGCAGGGUCAUCCAGAAGCUCAACGCAGCCAUCGCCAGCCUGAUACGGACGGCGAGCAAGGGCCGCGGCGCGGGCCUGGACUACCAGUCGCUGAUGUCGCUGUCCAACUCGUCGAGGUCACAGGCCAUCAAGGCCUUCGACCAGCUCUCGCGCCGCCUCGACAGCAGCAGGUCGUCCCGCAGCUCGGCCGCCUCGACCACAUCGUCCUCCAAGUCGGCGCGGACGUCAAAGUCCUCCAGCAGCAAGGCCUCCAAGACGACAACAAGCUCGUCAUCCUCCUCCAAGCCGAGCGACGGCGGGAAGCACAAGAGGAAGUCGUCCAAGGCGUCCAAAAGGCACAACCAUAACACCGGCCAUAAGGAGCCGAGGAGACAACAACAACAACACCAAGAGGCGGAGCGGCCAGGAGAGAGACUGCCGCCCCUGCGCAUGGACAUGAGCAGCAGCAUCGCGACGCCGCUGCUGGACGCGAUGGACCACAGCCCCGAGCACAGCGCCCGCAGCUCGCUGCGGCGGCGGCCCAGCUUCGCGAACCGGUUCUCGCUCAUAUCCAUGUCCUCGGACAGCACGCGGCUGGGCGAGAUCCCGGAGAGGAAGUGGCACCGUGGAGGUGGUGGUGGAGGCGGUGGCUUCGGCUUGGAUGAAUAUAACACGCCCGUCAUGUACCCGGUGCGGCCUUACCAGCCGCAGGUGAGGGAGAGGAGGUUCCUGGGCUUGUUCAGGCGCGGCCCGGCGCCGGGCGGGCAUUGAGUUGUGACGGGGGCGUGGCGGGUAUCCGUGGACAUGCAUGCAUGUCAUGUGUGGUCCUCGUCAAGGUGGGAUCUUGUAUGACCGGCGGAGGAACCCGUCUGGAGCCUGUUGCAUAUCACCCAGCGAGCUGACACGUGUGGCGGAGAGGCCUGACACAUUGUCCAGAGGUUAAUCUGUAUAGUGACAAGACGGAUGCGAGGUAUCGUGUGACCUACGGCCUCGCUUCUGGGCAGCUUGCGUGGGAAAGGUCGUGAAGGAAUGUCUGUUGGCACAAGAGCCAGAAGUAUGAGAUGCCAUCGUUCCAGCUGUGUGACGAGAAUUAUCAUGUCCCGGUACUUGCUUCCUGAGCUCUAGCCGGAGAGUCCAUGCGGGAGACAGAACGCAAGGUAUAAUCGACGCAGAACGGGGAGGGGGGGACAAAAUAGACCAUUUAUGCGCCUCGGUAGAGUGACCUGGUAUCUGAUCUGAAGUUUCACUGCUGUAGA